CGUUCCCUUUUUUCCUCUCCCCCUCUCUCUCCUUUUCCCUCCUCCCCUCUCAUUCUCUCUCUUUCUCCGCUUUAAUUCUCACCCAAACAGAAUGGAAAGUAUAUCUGCCUGCUUCUGUCACUCCGGGAGUCUUCCUCAGACCGUCUCAGUAGUGCAUAUUUGCCACACAAACCCCGCUCCACAAGCAGGCACGCUGCGGCCGUGACUUGUACCGAGUUGCUUGUCUCACUUUUUCCCCUUCUGAUGUCCGUUCCGGUGCUAGGAUUUGACUCCAAGAGCUACACGGAAGACGAGAGGCAUGUCUGGAAAGCUGGGACGCUGACCACCUUUAGGCUGUCAUCGCUGACUGGAGGGUGACUUCGCCAUGCUGCCGUCGGUGUUCUCUCUGCUUCUCCUGCUUGUGCUCAAAGCCCCCCUGAAUGGAUGGGCAUCCAAACCCCCGCGCGUCUUCCUGUCCUACAGAGACCUCAUGGAGUCGCGCUCCGCUCGAUCUUUUAGCUUCGGCUUCAACACCAGCGAUUAUCGGAUUCUCCUCCUAGAUCAGGAUCAGGACCGGAUGUAUGUUGGAAGCCGAGACUACCUGCUGUCGCUAGACCUGGGAAACAUCAACCGUGAGCCUUUGAUUAUCCAUUGGCCGGCUCCCCUGAAUCGUCACAAAGAAUGUCUCAUGGCUGGAAGGGGUCGCGCUGAUGAAUGCUAUAAUUACAUGCGCGUCAUUCAGCCGUUGAACCGGACCCACCUGUAUGCCUGUGGAACAGGAGCUUACCAGCCGCAGUGUGCCCUGGUCUACAGGGGUUGGAGGUCCGAGGAUUACGUUUUCCGAAUAGUCUCAGGAUCCCUGGAGUCGGGGAAAGGGAGAAGUCCAUAUGAUCCCAAACAAGAAAACAUGGCAGUAAUGAUAGAUGGGGUAUUGUAUGCCGGAGUGCAAGUAGAUUACAUGGGGACCGACGCCGCUCUUUUCCGCACGAUGGGACACAAACUUCCGAUCCGCAGCGAGCAGUACGACUCUCGCUGGCUGAAUGAACCAUUGUUUGUGGGGUCGCUGGUGGUGUCAGAGAGCAGCUUCAAAGAGGAUGACAAGCUGUACGUCUUAUUCCGGGAGAGGAGCCUCGAGGGCGAGAACGGUCCGGCCAUGUUGUCUCGUAUCGCCCGGGUCUGCUUGAAUGAUGAGGGCGGUCUACGAUCCCUGGUGGGGAAGUGGACCUCUUUUCUGAAGGCUCGUCUUGUCUGUUCCGUCAUCGGCCAAGACGGGGUUGAGACGUCGUUUGACCAGUUGCGUGAUAUUUUCAUCCGGCCGACUCAAGAUAAACACAACCCGUUGAUAUACGGAGUCUUCACUACGUUGGGUUCAGUGUUCCGGGGCUCUGCCGUCUGUGUUUACUCUCUUGCUGACGUCCGUGCUGUGUUUAAUGGGCCGUUCGCUCACAAGGAGGGACAUGGGUACCAGAUGACUGCGUAUACAGGGAAAACACCUUAUCCCCGACCCGGAGCGUGUGCAGGCGGAUUCUCCGUGCCUGGGAUUCGCUCCAGUAAGCACUUUGGGGAAGAUGUGCUGAGGUUUGUGCGCACGCACCCUCUGAUGUACAGCUCCGUGUACCCCGUCAACCGCAGACCCCUGCUCGUUCUCUCAGACGCCUCAUACACCUACACCAGCAUUGCUGUGGACAGGGUGCCCGCUGCCGAUGGCGAAUAUACCGUUCUGUUCCUGGGCACAGAUCGCGGUACUGUACAAAAGGUGAUGAUUCUGCCCAAGGGAGACAAUGAGACGGAGGGACUCGUUCUGGAGGAAGUGGAGGUCUUCAGGGUACCCUCUCCUAUCAAAAACCUCAGAAUUUCUUCAAAGCGGCACCAGCUGUAUGUCUCUUCCGAUGCGGGGCUCACGCAGCUGUCUCUUCAUCGCUGUUCUGGUUACGGAGACUCGUGUGCCGAUUGUUGCCUGGCCCGAGAUCCAUAUUGUGCUUGGGAUGGAAAAGCCUGUGCCCGAUACACCCCAUCACCCACAAGGAGAAGUCGUCGGCAAGAUGUAAAAAACGGAGACCCCCUCAGACAAUGCCGAGGGUAUAACACCAAAGUGGACCGAGGGGUCUCUGAACGGCUGCAGAUCGGGGUGGAGGGGGGAAGCGUGUUCCUUCAGUGUGACACCCAUUCCCCACUCGAGAGCGUUACCUGGCUCCUGCAGAGAGAGGGCUCGCAGCAUCGGAGAGAGGUGCGUCACACCACAGAUAAUACAGAUCCUCAUCAUCUAACCCUGCCUUUUACAGUUUAA